UUGAUAUAGCAACUUCUGAUCCAUCUAUAUAUUCUCUGCAGUCGGUUGUUUCAGUCAGCCCUCCUUCCAAUUAUGUCAAAGCACAUUUGGCGCGGCAUAGAAUUUAUCAUCUCUGACUUUGAGCUCUCAAGUACGUACUAACCAGUCUGACUUUUGUAGUGUCAGUGGAGUGGAAGUACUGAUCUGUUCAAAGUGCAGGCAGAGGACCCUUCAAAAAGUACGGUGACAGUAAUUGGGGGAAGCUGAUCCUGUGACAAUCAUCAUCAAGAAGGUCAGAAAAAUUCAGAAAAUCUGCAUCUGGGGUAAGUGUUGCAGAUUUUCUGAAUUUUCUGACCUUCUUGAUGAGCCCGACGGCAUUGAGCACGCACGAACGGCUUCUAUGGAUAGACAGGAUAGUGGAGGGGAUCCUGAUCCGGAUAGACAUAGACGACAUCGCUUCGUCCCAUAACAAAGAGAUUGCUGCCGCCCAACUCUAUGCUCAGCGCGUCAUGACCCCGCUGCUGGGGAAAACUGUAGUGUCAGUGGAACUCCUCUGUUCAAAGUGCAGGCAGAAGGUGAUGAAGUUAAUUGCAACAAUAGAAGGGAUAACUUCCAUUGUCCUUGACCCUUCAAAAAAUACGGUGACAGUAAUUGGGGAAGCUGAUCCUGUGACAAUCAUCAAGAAGGUCAGAAAAUUCAGAAAAUCUGCAUCAGUGGUCAGUGUCGGUCCUCCCAAAGAAGAGAAGAAGGAUGAGAAGAAAGAUGUCAAGGAUAUGAUGUACGUUCCAAAGGCAUGUCAAAGAUGCGAUGUAUGGUAUGUGAUUGCUGAAGAUUAUUACAGUUAUUGUUCCAUUAUGUAACUUAGUAUUGAUUGUACGUCCUGUUUUAUGUAUUUUCAUACGUAUUAUAAUUUGGCAAAAAUAAUGUCUCCUUUCAUUGAUAAUGAAAAACCCU